GCAUUCAUAAAACCCACAACAGCGAAAAUUUACUCAAAUGUAACGAAUUUGCAUCGAUAAAAUCUUCCCGGACCAGUGUGUCAGUACCGCGUUUGCCAGAUGAACUGACCUGCCCUUCGCACACCGUGAAAUAAAUAUUCGCUGCUGCCUGCUGUCAACGGGUCGACGGGAACGAAGAAGGAAAAAUAUCGGCAAACAGAAAAAGCUAUUCCGUGUGGUAAAAGUUUCAUCAAAUUUACGGUGCUGGUCCAGGCCGUCUACCCCCCAACACGAAAACGGUGUUGCGACAGACAAAAUUCCAAACUCAACUCGUCGGCAAUUUGCACGGUUGCACAGUUCCUCAGCCAAAUUGGAUCCCAACAAAAUGGACAGUCCGUGUGAGUCGGAGAGCUCACUCGAUGGGGGAGCAAUGCUCCCGCCGAGCCCGGUGUCGCGGGAGCAGCUGCAAAAGCGAAUCGAAAGUCUCACGCAACAGAACAAGGUGCUUAAGGUAGAACUAGAAACGUAUAAAAUUCGCGUUAAAGUCAUCCAGGAGGAGAACCGUUCCCUACGUCAAGCGUCAGUUAUCAUCCAAGCGAAAGCGGAACAGGAGGAGGAGUACAUCUCCAACACGCUGCUCAAGAAAAUACAGGCGCUGAAAAAGGAGAAGGAAACGCUCGCCCACCAUUACGAGCGCGAGGAGGAGUGUCUCACGAACGAUCUGUCCCGCAAGCUGGACCAGCUGCGGCAGGAAAAGUGUAAGCUCGAGCAAACGCUCGAACAGGAGCAGGAGUGUCUAGUUAACAAGCUGAUGCGCAAGAUCGAGAAGCUCGAGGCGGAAACGUCUGCCAAGCAGAACCAUCUCGAGCAGCUGCGCCGCGAGAUGGUCGAGCUGGAGAACACGCUCGAGCAGGAGCAGGAAGCGCUGGUGAACAAGCUGUGGAAGCGAAUGGACAAGCUGGAAGCGGAGAAGCGUUCGCUCCAGAUCAAGCUCGAUCAACCGGUGUCUGAUCCCACCAGUCCAAAAGAAAUAAGCCAUCAUCGUAACGAAAAUGGCAACGACACUGCCACACAACUGACGGCGCACAUCACCAACCUGCGCUCGGAGGUGGACCAGCUGCGCAGCAAUCUGGCCGCAGCGGAGAAGGAAAGCAAGGAAAAGACGCAACAGUUUGCACACGAGGAAAAGUGCAUACGGGAGGAGAACAAGCGCUUGCAGCGCAAGCUGCAGCUCGAAGUCGAACGGCGCGAAGCACUGUCGCGACACUUGUCCGAGUCGGAAUCGUCGCUCGAGUUUGAAGACGAGCGGCUGUUCAACGAGAAUGUGUCGGCUUUGGCCAGCCAAAGACCGAUCAGUCCCGGUGGGCUGACGCGCUGCAUCGCGUGCGGCCAGCUGGUGAGUCGACGGGCUAGCGAGCGGUUUAUUAAGCCGGCUAUACCAAUCGGACUGAACACCUCGGCACCGAACGUGCUUUCCUCGCAUUCAACCUCCUCCGUCGGUGGUGGUGGUGGCAAUCUAUUUCCGCUGCUAGGUGGUGGUGGUAGUACCGGUGGCGUUGGUGGUCCCGGUUCGCUCAACAGUAGCAUCGGUUCGUCGAACUCGAACAACACUAGUAGUAAUAUCUCGUUCACCGGCAAUUCGUCCUUCGUGCAACCGGCCAGUCCAAUGGAUACCUCCAUGUGCAAAGAUUAAGGCACCGGGAAAGCGUCUCUUUGAUCGAUCGGAUUGGAUUGGAUUAAGGCACCCGUGAAAUAAGCUUGGCUUGUUUUCAUUUUUUCAUACGAAACCGAUCGGAUCGCCGCCUGUCGAUCGCCAAGACAAAUCCCCGGUACGGUGUGGUAUUGUGUCAUGCUUUCCUUUCACAGCUGUUUGCUAAAUCGAUCAUAUUUUGCGACUAAAAAUAUUCAUUUGAAGAUACUACCAACAACAUAAGCUGCCUCUACACAUGCAUACAACUUUUCCAAAGCGGAUAAAGAUCAUUUAGCGUUAAAGCGAAUCCGAUCCAGCCCCAUCUCUCCCAGCAGCAUAAUUUCAUUUUUUUUUUUUCAGGAACGGCAACUAUGCAGUGCCAAUGCAUAGUGGUUGAUUUUUGGGCACCAUUUUUCGUGUUUUGUUUACGCCCUUUUGCAUAGCUGUGGGAGAGGAACGGAUAAAACGGGGCGGGGGUAAGAAAAAGAGUUACACUUCGGAUACUGUCCCUAUUUGUUUAGCAACACUAGUAAUUCAUUCAAUUCAAUUCAUGCAAAAAUGUUCCUCUUCGAGUGUGGUUUUACGCGUCCUUUUGCUACCGACUGGGGUGGAUGUGUGGGGAUGAUGGAGAACAGGGGGCAACUUCACUUCUCCAAGGGCAAAGCUUCGACGUGAUAGUAGUUUGCAUUGAGGGGGCAUUGUUUUUAAGAGAAAAUUCGUUCUGUUACUAGUUGUCUUACAGCGGGGGGGGGGUGCGCGUGAACGUUUUCUAUAAUUAGCUGGUGUGCUGUAAGGGUCCCGCGUUGGUCCCGCGCGCUCUGGGCCUUCGCUGAGGACAUGGGGCGUUCGGCUAAAUUAAAGUAAAAGAUAAAGGGCUAAGGGAUAUGAUACAACAAUAACGAAUUUGAAACGCGGUAUAAUGAAUGUGUAACGUGCUGUUGAUCGUUUUUGCUAAGGGGAACGGCUGUCGCUAUCAGACGACAACCAAUAGCUAGGACACUAGAACACCGUAAAGUACUUAUAGUAGAGCGAGAUAGAGUGAUGGGAAAAGGAUAGGAUUCUCCCCUUUUGUUUUGCGCUUUCAUACAUUUAAAACAGAAGAAAAGUUCAAUAUAAAAAAGGGUGGUGCAACGGAGUAGAGUUUAUCGUUUGGAACACCUCAUACAAGCAUCAAGAAUUAACCACAGACCUAGAGAAAGUGUAACCAGGAUGUCGUUGGAUAGACAUCCCAUCAGAAAAAUGAUUUAUCUCUCUCUCUCUCUCUCUCUCCUAUCCACCCGUAUCCACGAUAGACUCUCUAUCCCACUACAAACAAACGCCGUGAUCAAGAGACAAACAAUUGAAACAGCAGAACAAAAAACCAACGAAUAUAAUAGGUGCAAACAUAAAACGAAAUACACUUCAUUCUAGAUGUUGUGUCGACACAGUGCACAAUCAAGGAUCAGAGAGCGCGUAGAACACGUUGGAAAGGAAUGGUAGCUAUAAAACACAGCCAGGCAUCGAAAGGAUACGACGCCCACGUACCAGUAUGCCGGUUAGGCCGAUUCCAAAUAAUGGGACUACAUUUCCAAAAUCCAUCCCACACACACAGGCACACACUCUCACCUUUCUUCUCUCACAUCAAAUGUUGUUGCAGCUGUGUUACGUUUAGUGUUGUGUAGUAUAGAUAACCGAAACUGCAAGCAAAGUUGCAGUACAAGCAAGGCGAAGGAUGAUGAUGAUGAGGAUAAUGUCUCACCAGCGGUCUGUGUCACACACGCAAACUAUAACUAUAAUUGUGUAGGAGGAGAAAAAUUAAUGAAAGGGGUAAAAAUUUACAUGCAAAAAAGCUCUAUUAUGGAAAUAAUCUAGAAAUAACAUACAACACUAUUUACACAACUAUCUAUGAACGCUGAACAGGUUUAGCUAACACACACAGACGGAAAGUCAGAUUGGACACAAGGAUAACGAAGCGCAGUCAGCAGUGUUGUGUGAUCUGUGCUUUAUGAUUGUAAUACUUUUUAUUUGCCCCCGGUUUGUGCGAAAUUACGUUGUUUAUCUUCUAUCUUGUGCUUACCAAAAUCCGAGUUAUCCCUCGUGGCGUUAUUAGUCCCCGACUGAGCGUUGUUGUUUUGCCACCCCAGAUCAGUUUCUAUUGCCUUAUUAACUGUAAUCGUCUGUUUUGCGUGAGCUGUAGGGAAACGAGUAAGGUGUAGGAUAAUCAACCACUAGCUGCAUACCACACGUGGCAGCAUUCACUAGUGUUCCCAGGUGUGCAUGAUCACUGGAGAAGAUCAUCUUCACACAAGUAAACGUGUUUAUACAUCCCAGAUACAGAGAGAAUAGAGCGAGGAGAAAGACGAGCUAGAGCGUACACUGUGUUCGGCAUUGUUUUGGCCAUAAAUGUGAUUCUUGUAUGAAAACAACAAAAAAUUAUUAAAAUUAACGUUAAAAUUAUUUUGCACUAGUGUGAAUGGGAGGAAAGCACCUCAAGCGAACACCUGCAAAAGGCACGUCCGUUACAAGCAGCAGGGAAGGAAUACCUGUCUUGAAGCCACCACCACCGUGAGUGAUGGUGAAAGGAUUAAGGUUUGAUUUCGCAAAAAAACACAUACACAUACACACGCAAACUUCUUUACAAGCAAAAGCAUAGCAGGGAUCAGGCGCAGUGGAAGAAUUUCUACGAUAUAUUAAGGUAACAGCUUACUGUGUAACCAUUCUUAUCUUUAUUAUUAUUAUCAUUAUCAUUAUUAUAUUACGACAUGUAUUGACAUAUUAUUUUCAAAAACGCAAAAACGAAUGAAAAAUAAAAAUAAUGGUAAAUAA